CCUGUACUUGACAGUCCUUGAGGGGUCUAUGGGGUGUGUACUGGGACAGCAUGACGAGUCUGGUCGAAAAGAGCAUGCAAUUUACUACCUUAGCAAAAAGUUUACCGAUUGUGAAACAAGAUAUUCACUGCUCAAGAAAACUUGUUGUGCUUUGGCAUGGGUUGCUCGCCGACUGAGACAGUAUAUGCUGGUUCAUACCACUUUAUUGGUUUCCAAGAUGGAUCCGAUCAAGUAUAUAUUUGAGAAGCCAGCAUUGACCGGACGGGUUGCGAGAUGGAAAAUGAUUUUGACUGAAUAUGAUAUCCAGUACACUUCUCAAAAGGCAAUCAAGGGGAGUGUAUUGUCUGAUUACCUCGCCCAGCAACCCAUUGAGGAUUAUCAACCGAUGAAAUUUGAGUUCCCUGAUGAGGACAUCAUGUUUCUCAAAUCGAAAGAUUGUGAGGAACCGAUCCCGGAGGAGGGGCCUGACCCUGAGUCCGAAUGGAUUUUGAUGUUUGAUGGGGCCGUUAACGUGAAUGGUAGCGGAGUUGGUGUUGUUUUGGUUAUGCCGAAGGGGUCCCACAUUCCUUUUGCUGCCUGGCUAACAUUUGAAUGCACCAAUAAUGUGGCUGAAUACGAAGCUUGUAUCUUGGGUGUCGAAGAGGCGAUUGAUUUGCGGAUCAAAAACCUUGUUAUUUAUGGAGAUUCAGCUUUGGUUGUGAACCAGGUUAACGGGAAGUGGUAUACGCAUCAAUCUCACUUAAUUCCAUACCGGGAUUAUACGAGGAGAUUGUUGACGUUCUUCACCAAGGUGGAAAUACACCAUGUGCCGAGAGAGGAAAAUCCUUUAGCAGAUGCUUUGGCUACGCUGGCCGCUUUGAUUAAAGUGCAGUGGUGGAAUCAAUUCCCCAUUGUUGAGGUGGGACGACUGGAUAGACCGGCUUAUGUGUUUGCUGUUGAAGCAGUGCAUGAUGAUGAAAAGCCGUGGUAUUAUGACAUCAAACUCUAUCUGGAGACCCAAGAGUAUCCCAAGGGAGCGUCUAAAAAGGACCGAAAGACUCUGGGGAGGUUGGCCAUGGCGUUCUAUCUGAACAAAGAUGGGGUUUUGUACAAGAGGAAAUUUGAUUGGGUUUUGCUUAGAUGUGUCGAUAACAAAGAAGCAAGCCAAUUGAUGAAAGAAGUGCACGAGGGGUCGUUUGGUACCCACGCCAGCGGGAAUGCGAUGGUGAAAAAGUUGCUAAGGGCUGGGUAUUACUGGAUGACAAUGGAGGCCCAGUGUUUCAACUUCGUGCGGAAAUGUCAUAAAUGCCAGAUUUAUGCUGACAAGGUGCACGUACCUCCAAACCCGUUGAGUUUGAUGUCAUCUCCAUGGCCGUUUGCUAUGUGGGGCAUUGAUAUGAUCGGAAAGAUCGAGCCUACGGCUUCGAAUGGGCACCGGUUCAUAUUAGUGGCUAUUGAUUACUUCACCAAAUGGGUGGAAGCGGCGUCUUAUGCAAACGUGACGAAACAGGUUGUUGCUAGGUUCUUGAAAAGAGACAUCAUUUGCAGAUAUGGGGUUCCCGAAAGAAUCAUCACUGAUAAUGGUUCUAAUCUCAACAACAAGAUGAUGGCAGAACUGUGCCAGGAGUUCAAAAUCGAGCAUCACAAUUCUUCUCCUUAUCGUCCGAAGAUGAAUGGGGUGGUCGAGGCGGCUAAUAAGAAUAUUAAGAAGAUUGUGCAGAAAAUGGUCGUGACCUAUAAGGAUUGGCACGAAAUGUUGUCGUUUGCAUUGCAUGGGUAUCGAACCUCGGUGCGUACAUCUACUGGGGCAACGCCUUUCUCGCUUGUGUAUGGGAUGGAAGCGGUGUUGCCAGUUGAGGUCCAGAUUCCGUCACUGAGAGUCUUGAUGGAUGUGAAAUUGGAAGAGGCUGAGUGGGUAAGGACUCGGUAUGAAGAGUUGAGCCUGAUUGAGGAAAAGAGGUUGGCGGCCAUUUGUCAUGGGCAGUUGUAUCAGCAACGAAUGAAGUGUGCUUUUGACUGAAAGGUGUGACCUCGUGUGUACCGUGUGAGAGAUAUGGUGUUGAAAAGGGUCCUUCCUCCUCAGAAUGAUCGUCGGGGCAAGUGGACACCCAAUUAUGAAGGUCCAUUCGUGGUCAAGAAGGUUUUCUCUGGCGGAGCCUUGUUGUUAACGACCAUGGAUGGUGAGGAUUUUCCAUCCCCUGUAAAUGCGGACGCAGUUAAAAAAUACUUCGUAUAAGAGACCCGCUGGACGAAAAAAAUAAAAUAGUCCAGGCAAAAAUGGGCAUCCCGGCGAACAAAAAAAAAUGAAAAGGUUCGGGCAAAAAUUAGGGAUAAAAAGGAAAAAAACUGUACACCCGGCAAGUCGAAAACCCCACAAGGGCGGCUUGGGCAAAAAAGGGUAUCCCGGUGGACUGAAAACCCGAAAGGGCGGUCCAGGCAAAAGAGGGAAUGAAACGAACAACUGCGUCUAGCAUGAUCGUUUGUACUUUGGUUACGACAUAUGGGUAAUCCCUGGCAGAGAUCGGUCGGAAGCGUCUUGUUCAGAAGGCAGAAAGCGUAGAGAGUCUUGAGGACAUAUGGGUUGUAACCGGGUUGGAACUCGAUGAGAUCCCGGGUUCACAUUGCCAUUAGGAUAGAUUUUCCUUUUGUGCGUAAUUACCUCUUUUCAGGGAUUGCUUCCUGUGUAUUGCUCAGUUACGAGCUACCUCUUUAAAUCAAUAAAAUGCAUAUUCAGUCAAAUAAUUUUGUUUUUAUUUUCAUUACCGCUUUGAUUGCAAAAAACAUCCGUUUAUUUUGAUAGAGAAUCUUUGCAUUUUGAGACAUAAGGGUCCCUUCCAAUGCAUGUUUAUAGGAUUGAAAACUUGAAAUCUUAUUCGGAAGGUUGAGUGACCUGGAUGUUGAAAUUUUGGCACGCCUGGGGCAUGUUUUAUCUAACGAUCUCUUUUGCAGGUGCUGUUGGUUAUUUUCACUCACUUGCAGGUUGUGAUAUGAAGCUUUUUGACAAAAGAUUCCUUUGAAGUUCAAUCAGGGACAAGGAGUUGAGGAAUGGUGUAAAGACGGCGAAAGAAUUGUGACGAUCCUAGAGGGUUAAUCAAGAAGACUCUUCAAAGUCUCAAAAAUGGAAAGUUGACACUGUGGUUAGAUGGUGAAUACCAGUGUUCGACGAGUCGACAGGUGUUCCGUGUCAAAUAUUCUGUAUCUCCUUAGCGGGUUCGAGGUCGGCGUUUCCUUGGCAGCUAGGCCUGAAGUUUGAUGUUUCCCCUAGCAGGGUUGAGAUUGUUAUUUCCCCAGCAGGUCUGAAGGUUGAUGUUUCCCCGGUAGGGGUGUGCGUUGGAAGUUUUCCCCAGUGAAGUCCCCAAGUGGAUCGAGUUCAGUGGAUGUCAUCCCUAGUAAGGAUUGUUCUGUCCCCAACAGCAGUGUUAUCCCAGGCAGGGUUGAAGAUUGGAGAGAUAUCGAGUUCCUUAACAGAGUUGCUCGUGCUAUCCCUUGAGGGGGAUACUUUUUAUGCAUUCAUCAUUUAGAAAAUCAUAUUGCAUUGCAUCUUCUCAAAUUGCGUAGCAUUUCCAUGGUUAUGGAGCAUUACACUAUUGAAAAAUUCAUGCAUCAGCAUUGCAAGCAUAAGCUAGUCUCGAGCCGUGGUUACCGUUCGAGAAUUGGUUUAGCUGGUUGGUGAAGAUGUUACUCUGAGGAGUUUGGCAUCGUGAUUGUGAAUCCACAGUAUUCCCCAGUGGUGCGAUAUUAGGGGGAAAUUUUUUUCCGUCGUACGGAGAUGGAAAUGAAGAUUGGAUAAUGUUACGCGAUCAGCGCGGAGAUUGAUCAUCAGGAAAAGGAGACGCAGAGUGUCUUCUGGAGAAUGGGGUUCAAAUGGAGAACGGGGUUCAUUGUUUGACAGUAAAAAUCAAAGAAGUUUUGGGGGUCCAAGAAAAGCGAAAAUAAUAACUAAGGGAAAAUCCCCAGCAGAAGUGGCAUUCAGGCCAAUUUUUCCGGUAUUCAGACUGAAGUGGCAUUCAGGCCAAUUUUCCGGUAUUCAGACCGAAGUGGCAUUCAGGCCAGUUUUUCCGGUAUUCAGACCGAAGUGGCAUUCAGGCCAAUUUUCCGGUUUUCAGACCGAAGUGGCAUUCAGGCCAGAUUUUCCAAUGUUCAGAUCGAAGAAGUUUCUGACGUUCAGGUCGAAGCACUUGUGGCAUUCAGGCCAGAUUUUCCGAUGUUCAGAUCGAAGAAGUUUCCGACGUUUAGGUCGAAGCACUUGUGGCAUUCAGGCCAGUUUUCCCGAUGUUCAGAUCGAAGAAGUUUUCCGACAGUCAGGUCGACGCAACUUGUGGCACUCAGGCCAGUCUCUCGGUGUUCAGACCGAUAUUAAUCAUCUCAUAUUUUCCGAUGCUCAGAUCGAAGUCAUUUCCAGUAUUCAGACUGAUGAGCGGCAUUCAGGCCAUGGUUAUUUCUGUGUUACCAUUUAUUUUGGUAUCCAGGUUAACAUUCUUUUCGGUAUUCAGGCCGACUAUCACCGUACCAGACAGAUUCUUCUUUCAAAGACCACCUCUUUGCCGAUUCUGACAGGCAUUGUUACUUAAUUCCCAGCAGAGUGCAAAUUGUUCGUCUGUUCUUUGUAUUCAACCACUCUUCACCCUGAUCAUCUGAAAGCCGAGGCUGUUCGUAUCGACAGGUUCACAAUGGAUUGAAUAGGGGUAACUGUAACACCUCAUUUUUUAGAGCAUUAGGCUUUGCAUUUUUGCAUAUCAUAUGAAAAUAAGAAGGUCAUCCUCAAAAGUCUUUUUAAAAGAUGGAGAAGUUACAUGAUUCAAGCCUGAGGGUCUCUAUGGAUUGAUGAUCAAUCAUCUGAGGGUAUGGGCUUCAAUUAGGGUUUUAUUGGUUCUUCUAAGGUCUGGAGCAUCAUCUUGUUUGCAAGGAUAUAUUACCAUCAUCAUGGUUCUAUCAGCAUCAAGGGUUGCAGAGUUCAUUCUCAAGUUCCUUUGGAUUAGGGUUGUGACCUAUGGUCAACCCUAAUCAAUGCCAUUCUUCCAAUCAGGGCUUCUCAAAGAGAUGAGGUAUUUUCUUGGGAUGAGGAUCACAUGAUUGUUAUGAAGAGCUUACAUGAGCUAGGGUUUUAUUUUUGAGCAAUUUCCCCAAGUGGUAGAGGCUCAAGUUCAUCAAUACAUUUCAUGGUCAUCUGAGGACCAAAAAGUCAACUGUGCAGUCAACUGAGGGCUAUGAGGUGGGGAAAUGAGUUGAGACACCUCAGUCAUGUUCAAAAGAGGUCCAUUUGUCAUUCUAAACAUCUAUCUUGAAGAUUUUGAAGUCAUGGCAAAAGUUUCCAAAAAUGGACAAUGACCUGUAAUUUCAAGUUUCCAAAAAUGGCAAGUUUCUGGUCCAUAUUCAACUUGACUUAUCAACAUCAAAGAAUUUUUAAAUGGAUUUUUGGUGAACAUGAAAGUUGUAAAUCUUUGUCUCCCCUUUCUAAAAAGCCCUAAUUCAUGUCCAUAUGAUGAAUGGUUGAGAAGUUAUGGCCAAAUGAUCACAAGGUGUGCAUGGAAGUUCAAAGUGACAUAACUUUUGAUACAAAGCUCCAAUUUGGUCCAUUCUUUUUGCAAAAUACUCCUCAUGACCAAUACUUUUCAAAUGAACCAUUGCCAUGCAUAGGAGAAGCUUGUAUGUUCAUUAUUUCAUUCAUGUUCAUUUUGGAGGGAAAUUCCACAAUUUGAAUUUGGCUUAUGGUACAAGCAAUUUAAUGAUUCCAUCAGGACCAUGGGAUAAUUUGGAGGGAAUUCCAAGCAUUGCAUGAGAUUUGGCACGUGCAAUAUGGUUACAUGAGCUUAAUGUGCAUUUUUUACAAUUUGCCUUAUAACUCCUUAAUCAUGAUUAGCACAAGCCUAAUUUUGAUUUCAUUGUGAUUAGUGGAUCAUAUAAAUAGCAAACCCUAAUCUCAUUUGCUCAUAACAGAAUUUGAGAUCUAGAAUUUUCAUUUUCCCUCCAUUUUUCUCUCUCUUCGAAACUCAAAUUUCUCCACACAAUUCUUCAAUAUUCUUGCAUAAUCUUGUUCAGCAUGCUUCAUUGAGCAAGAAUCAACCAUUGGAUUGGACAAUUGAAUUGGAUUUCGAGCAGAUCAAGAACACUUUCAUGGAAAUGGAUUUCUGAAAUUGAGCUAGAUCUAGGUGGUUGCAAGUGGUGAUUUGUGCUUAAAGCUUCAAGGCAAGGUUAAGGAAGAAGAUUUGGAGAUUGUGAGAGCCUGAGGACACGAAUUCAGCAACUGCCAUUUCCAAGUAGGUUGAAAUUGAUCCUCUCCUUUUGCUAUUUUAUGUACAUAGAAUGAUAGAUCCUGUUGUGUAGAGAAUGUUGAUAUGCUUAGAAUUGAGUUUGGUUAAGUAUUGAGCCUGAUAUGUGAAUUGGAAGUUUUCUUCAUGAUAAUGCUUGUGUUUGAUCCGUGCAAUUCAUGAUGAUUUAGGUAGAAUGAACAUGAUAUUUGGAUUCUAUGUUGCAAGAUCUUUCGAAUGGUACCGGUUUCAUGCAUUUCUGGAAAUUUUUGUUGUUCUCCGCCGUGUGGAUGGCCGGAGAAGACGACCGGCUCCGCCGUCUGCAACUGGCUAGGGUUUAUGUCCAUGUGGCUUCCACGUUAGUGCUUGCGUGUGCGUUCUAUUGGUUCUCCUUUGUUUGACCGUGCCACGCGCUUGUUGACCUGAUGAUGUAGCAUGCCAUCUCAUUUAGUGAAACGUUGCGUUUCAUUUAGGUGAUGUGUAUGCCAUGUGCACUGCUUACUUGUGCAAUUGAUUGGCUUGUGUUGCUUUGACUGCUUGCGUGUGUGUGUUGACCGCUGAUUGUGCAUGCCACGCAUUUUAAUGAAACGGCGUGAUUUGGUUUUCAAAUAUGAGUCGUUGAUGUGCAUUUUCGCGCUAGAUCAGACGGCUAGGAAUAAUUCUGGUUAUUUUCAAAUAAUUGCUUUCCCUCCAUUUCUUUUUAUUAUUUCAUAUUAUUUUAGUCAUCUUUGAAAAAUCAUUAAAAAUAGAAAAAUACUCCAAAUUGACUCCAAUUUUUUUUCAUAUUCUUGUUUUAAUGUCUAGUUUUUUAAAGGAUUUAUCUCAUGAUUUGUUUGUUUCUGGAUAUUUAUUUUGGAAUUUUUGAUUGAACCUUGUGCUAUUUUGAUAUGUUGUGUUCAUUGCAUUGUGGAAUCUUCAUUGUUGAUCCAAUUGAUAUGAAUUUUUGCAUGCUUAAUCUUCACUCAUGAUAUGAUUUUUGAGAAUUGGUUUGGAAUUUUUCUCAUAUGUUAUCACUGUUUUUGACACAUGAGGAUGUAGUGUGACAAUUUGUGUCACAUUUUUUGCAUUGCAUUUGUGCAUUUUUGUUUACCUAUCAUUUAAACUUUUCUGGAUUUGAUAUUUUGCACAUUGCUUGUUCAUAACACGAGAAACUUGCAUAAAAAAUUUCAUAGCCAUUGUAUGCUUUUCUGUUUUGAUUUGGAUUUUCUAAUUUGGAUGUCCAUUUUAUGCUCAUUUGUUGGUCUUUGCAUAGCAUGAACCAUUUGAUGCCUUUACGUUUUGAAUUGAUGUUGGUCCUUUUGAGGACAUUUUAUGACAUGUUUAAAUGUGCUUUGCGCAAAAGAUUGACUUCUGUUUUGAUCAUUUGGUUUGGUUUUGGACCUAGUCUUUGUGACUAGUGUUUUGUACAUGAACUAAUUGUGCUUUGUGUUUCAGGUUUGGACAUUUAGCAUUAAUGGUUGAGUUGCUCACCUUUUGAGAUGCAAAUUGGAUUGUGUUCUGACUUCUUUGUGUUUUGUAGGGAUUUAAGUUGAUGUGUUGAGCUCAUUGCUUCAUUUGAUUGCUUGAACAUUGCUCAUUGAGUUGUGAACAGUUGGAUGAUUUCACUGUUUGUUUUCUGAUUGGUUGACCGAGAUAUUAACUGUUUAGCUUUUGUACAGGUACAUUAGUUGCUUGCUUUUAGCUCUUGCUUGAGCUUUGGAUUAUGGUUGACACACCACUUAGGUAGCUACCUUCUUACUCCAUGUAGUCUGGAAGUCCUGUCACCUUUUUGGAAGGCAUUUUGCUGGCAAGUCCUCCUUAAGAGGCUCUGUUUGUGUUUGUUUACAUUUGUGCCAAAGACCUCCAAGUUGAGGCAUGUGCUACUUGAUAAGUCCUCCUAAGUGAAGAGGCAAUUGACGGAUAGAAGGGAUUAGCAAUCAAUCCCCCGUUAUUCAGUGAGUCGUUCAUUAUGCUCGCACUACGUGCUGAUGCUUUUGAACAUGUACCCAAGAUCUUUGUCCAAUGUCUGUCAAGUGGAAUAGGGUCCCUCUUUCUGGAUCCCCACGCUUUCUUUGAUUUGAGCUCACCCUGGCCAGGGUUAAGAGCAUGAGGUCUCAUCCUCAUUUCCAUUUUAAUCAGCUUCACCCUAACUCUCAAUGUUAGUGGUUAAGAGCUACAGACUACCCUUGUACAGUUUGGCUUGUUUGUCGAGGUUGAUAUGACCCCUCUUGACUAAAGCCUACCCAUUGUUUGGGCCUCUUGUGUGGAUAUAGUGAGUGAUGCUUGUUCACUUAUGUUAAUGUGUUUAUUUGCUUUCCUCUUCUCAUCUCCAUUUCUGUAGGAGUUGUGUGUUUGAUUUCUGAGGAAGUAGGAUGCAUGUUAGAGACCUCAACUUAGGGAUUGUUGAUUGCAUGACAACUAUUAGGCUCGAGUCAGUCUCCCUAUUAGUUUGUUGUUUCCCUGGUCUCUGGUUAGGAAAGUGUUGUACCCCUGUUCAGGGGAACUACGUCGCCCUGAUUCUCAUACCAGAUGAGAUACGUAGGUAGGAGAUUGAGCGAGAUCUCUCCGGGCACCCUUUUGUUUUUUGAGUGUGUUCAACCUUUUCUUUUUCUUUUGUUGUUUUGGGUGUGUUCACCCUUUAUUUGUCUUUAUUGGUGUGAGUACUUGUUUGUACAGCGUGUGCAUGUGUGGUAUGUUUAUACCUUGAGGAUUUCUUCUGUUACCAUUGGGGGUUCAGAUUGGGGUUCACCUAUAUUGAUUUGGGGUUCACAUUUGGGGGUUUAUCUUUGGUGUUUGCUGGUUAGCGUUUGUUUUUGUUUGGAGUCGGAUAUAAGUCCAUGUAUUGGCAUUCUGUGUCCUAUUGAGUGUUUCUUUUAACGUCUCAGCGUCUCUUUUUGGUGUUUUAUUUCGGCGUGCGUUAGCCGAGCUACGAGUGCUCUGAUUCUUCUCUGGAUAGAGAAGAUACGUAGGCAUAGGACGCGAUGUCUUAGCGAGCAUGUCUCAUUUUCCCCGAACUACGUUGACUCUGAUGUUUGUUUCUGACAAACUACGUAGGCCUAGGAUGCGACAUCCUGCCGAGUCCACUUCAUCCGUUUUCUUUCUUUCACCUGUUUAUUAUUCCAGUUUGUGCAAUUUCUUUGAGCAGUUUUAUUAGCAACUUUUCCUAUUCUUUGAGCUAUCUUUUGAGCGUGGAUCCCGUCGAGUACGGCGGACGUGAGGGGUGCUAAUACCUUCCCCUUGCGUAACCGACUCCCGUACCUUGUAAUCUCUGGUCGUAAGACCGUUCCUUUCCCUUUCUUAGGUUAGUCUUGCGCUUCCUUUUCGUCAUAGGAUGAAUAGUGUCGGUGGCGGCUCUGUAAACUGUUUUUUUUUUCCGCCGGUUGUUUUUCGCAUUGUGACACUCAAGAUGUCACUGAAGAGAUUGUUGUUGAACUUGAUUUUGACUACUUAGGAGUGUUACAUAGCGAGGCACAUGCACAUGUUCAUAGCUGCAUGGGUCCUUAUUAUAAAUUGAAGUGGUUAUACGAUUUAUUCGUACAACAUAGAAUUGUUUCUAGCUGGGCAUAUGAGACUAAAGCAUAUUUGUUGAUGUUGGCGGGUUCCAUAUUUUUUGUCGACAAGACCUUUACACUUGUCGAGGCAUGAUAUCUCUUACUGUUUAUGGACUUAGAUAAAUGUUCGGGAUACAGUUGGGGAGCACCUGCAUUUGUUACCCUAUACAUAUACCUUGGAGAUGCGUCCAUGUUCAAUUGCAAGCAACUCGGUGGAUAUCAUACUCUCCUACAGUGUUGGAUUCACAAGUACUUUUCAACUGUUGGAAAAAGAGGAGAGAAUUGGAAACCAACUGAUAAUUGUGGUCUUCCUCGAGCGAUGAGAUGGUCCUAUAGGCAAUGAGUCCUGAAGGUGGAUGAUUUGCGACCUAUUUUGGAGGAGUUGACACCUACCGAUGUCAUAUGACGUCCAUUUGAGGAUCAUGGAGGAUGGCGCUAGUUUGAUGAGUUAUGUCUGUACAAGGGGUGUUUGAAGUGGGGUGACACAGUUGUUCCAUAUUUGUCUGACAUAUGUAUAUGUCAGUUCAGGUAUAAGUAGUAUGUUCCAUUCUCACCUCUUGAUUGUAUGAUGGCUAAUGAUAUUGAUGUUGAUUGGAUUGGUUACCAUCAGAGCGUUCUUGCUGUGAUCCGUCCAACAACAUUGGCCAUUACUCCAUCUGAUAUAGAAGAUGGGUACCUUGAGUGGUAUUAUUGUGUUUCGCAUCCUCGUUUGGUCCCGCCCCAUCGUGAUGAACCAAGAGAGGUUCCAGUUCUUGUUUAUGAAGCAGGACCAUCUGAUCCUAAUUGGGAUCAUGUUUCUACAUUGAUUCAUUGUUAUCUGAGACAAGUUAAUUCCGAAGAGGAAGAUCCACAAUUUGCUGAUUUAUUUGAA